ACCUUUUUGCGGGUUUGAGCAUGAAAUUAAGUCCAGCCUGGCGUGGCCGCAAUUUGAUCACCUCUACAAAAUAGAAGAUACAACUACCCGCUGGCGUGACUAAACACUGUAUCAGCAACACUCUCAUAGUGAAGCAAACUUGUUGAUAAUCAGGAAUGAAGAGACCCAAAAACCUGUUAUCAAAUCUCUUUCUUGUUUCCAACACUUUGCAAGAGCUUCUAAUUCAUUCCAUCCCCAUUGCCUUCUAUGUCAAAUCCCACUCUUUUCAUCAAAUUACUGCUAAUCCCCCAAAUCCCAUCUCUAAAAACCCUAAUUUUUACACCCCAUCUUCCCCAAAACCUCUGGAUUUCAUCACUGUUUGUGAAACCCUAUCAUCUUACAACAAUGACUUCAAUCGGGCACUUGAAUUUUUCAACUGGGUCGAAACCAAUUGUGGGUUCCGGCAUAAUACAGAAACUUACAAUUCUAUGAUUGAUAUUCUGGGUAAGUUUUUUGAAUUUGAUAAAUGUUGGGAAUUUAUUGAAAUCAUGCGAAAACAUUCAUUUUCUAUGCCUAAUUAUUUUACUUUUCGUAUAAUGUUCAAGCGUUAUAUAUCUGCUCAUUAUGUUAAUGAAGCAAUUGAUAUGUAUGAUAGAUUAGGGGAGUUUAAUUUGAAGGAUGAGACAUCUUUUUGUAAUUUGAUUGAUGCACUUUGUGAGUAUAAACAUGUGAUUGAAGCGGAAGGUUUGUGGGUUAAGAGGCAAUCGUUUGUUAAAUUUGUGAGUGAGACGAAAGUUUGUAAUAUGAUGCUUCGAGGGUAUGCAAAGAUGGGGUGGUGGGGUAAGUGUAGGGAGUUUUGGGAGGAGAUGGAUAAGAAAGGGGUUCGGAAAGAUUUAGUGACGUAUUCGAUUUAUAUGGAUGUGCAAUGUAAGUGUGGGAAGCCAUGGAAAGCUCUAAAAAUGUAUAAGGAUAUGAGGAGGAAGAGGAUGCAAUUGGAUGUUGUGGCGUAUAAUACGGUUAUUCAUGCUAUUGGUCUUAAAGAGGGAGUUGAUUUCUCGAUUCGUAUGCUUAGAGAAAUGAAGGAGUUAGGAUGUCAGCCAAAUGUGGUCACAUAUAAUACUGUUCUUAAGCUUUUGUGUGAGAAUGGGAGGAUGAAAGAGGCAUAUGGUAUGCUUUAUCAGAUGCGCAAAAUGGGUUGUGAACCCGAUGUACUUACCUACCACUGUUUUUUCCGCUGUCUUGUUAGGCCAAAGGAGAUGCUAAGGUUGUUUGAGAAGAUGUUAGAAAGUGGGGUUACUCCAAGAAUGGAUACUUAUGUGAUGCUUAUGAGAAAAUUUGGGAGAUGGGGAUUUCUUCGCCCUGUUUAUAUUGUUUGGGAUAAGAUGAAAGAACUUGGUUGUAGUCCCAAUGAGGCUGCUUACAAUGCAUUGAUUGAUGCUUUGUUGCAAAAGGGUAUGGUGGAUAAUGCAAGGCAGUAUGAUGAAGAGAUGCUGGCCAAAGGGCUUUCUGCUAAGCCUAGGGUUGAGUUAGGAACUAAUGCAGCAAAUGACAAGUCCGGUGAUGUGGAGCUAUGAUGCUUUAACUUGUUAGAGGAUUCUGUUUGAAGUAUAUGGGUCUUCUGUGCUGUGACUUGAUGUGUUUAUCAGUCUGGAUAAUAACGGCUUGUUUAUGUAAUAAUGACAUGAGUGCUUGAUGGCUUGACAUGUGUUUGCUGAGAGGCUUGCACCCAUGAUUCUUCCUAAGUUGAUUUUAUUUAAAUUUUUCUUGGAGAGGCAUCCAAGUAGUCUGCAAAGUAACAUAUUAAUGGGAACCUGAACAAUGAAGUAAUGGAAACAAAAUUUUCUGGAGAUGCCCUCUAUUAGCUAAGCAUAAAAGUGGAAGGGAUUGUGGAAGGACUGGACUGAAGGGAAAUAAUAUUAAUACUUCUGAAUGUGAUGUGAUUGAUGUCACUAAUUCCUGCAGUGCUACCAUUGCAUCUAUAGCAGCUUCAGGUUAAUUCCUGGAGUAUGAAGUGAGUGGUCUAAAAUUUCGUGUUUUAACAGCAUAAAGUGACGAAGUGGAGAUGACUGCUAUGAUACAUCCCUGCAGAUCAAUGGAUUAUUAUUGAGAACCUAAAAUCAGCCGUCAUGCAAAAAUGUCAGGAAAUUACUACGGACGAGUAUGAAGAUGCCUACAAAAUUAGCAAACUGAUUUGCAAAAUGAUCAACAUUUCUUCUCUCCUGGCAACAAAAUUAGCAACAUUCAUAGAAGGCAGCUUGGUGAUCAUCAGUUCAUCAUAUCUCCUCAGUGAAACUUAAAGUUGAUUCAAAAACAGUAAUUUCUCAAAAGAAAUAAAUGGAACUUUCCAUUCAAAUAGACAAUCAGGGACUUGCAUUUAGGCUCCCUUUUUCGUUGUUAUCAUAUUGCCUGAAUCUUGAUUUAUUAGCAUAAGUAAAAUCUACGUUGUGCUGUGCUAAUAUUGUAACUUGUAAGAAACAUGCCUUAAUCCUGAUGCAUUUUUCAGGAGCUUAAUGAAAUUUAUCUGAAUCUUUUUGCA